CGAUUCGAAGGUGUCCAACGCGCACCACGCGGAACGAGUGUGGAGAAUUCUCUUGCGCGCUCGCCGCCGUCGCCGUGGCCGUUCGCGGAUUAGUCGCCAAGGAUAAGCGAACGAACGCACAAACCAACUCUUGUGAUUUACCAAGGCGAAAUCAACAAUCGAUACCGUCACUCGCCGGCAGUCCAACUCAUUCGAAAUGUUCGCGCUCCGACGUGCUGUUCCGGCCUUUGCGCUCUUUGCACUCUUCUCCAUCGUUGAAGGAGGAGUUUUGGUAGAGGAUGCUCCCGCGUGCCCGGAACAACAUGGCAUCCAGGCAUACGCUCAUCCGGAGUCUUGCAAUCUCUUCUUCCUGUGUACCAAUGGAACCCUAACUGUGGAACAGUGUGAAAAUGGACUUCUUUUCGAUGGCAAAGGUGCCGUACACCAUCAUUGCAACUACCACUGGGCUGUCGAGUGUGGACACAGAAAAUCUGAUUUGACUCCAAUUAGCACCCCCGGAUGUGAAUAUCAAUUCGGUAUCUACCCUCACAGCGAUGAAUGCUCCACCCAUUACGUGAAAUGUGCUCAUGGUGAACCCCACGCUGAAGAAUGCGACGCUGGAUUGGUUUAUGACGAACGUAUUCAUGGUUGCAACUGGCCUGAUCUUCUCAUUGAGAAGUGCAAUCCAGAAGCUGUGGUUGGUUUCAAGUGCCCCACAAAGGUACCCUCAAACAGUAUCGCCGCUAAAUUCUGGCCAUACCCUCGCUUCCCCGUUCCCGGAGACUGCCAUCGUUUGAUUACUUGCGUCAACGGCUACCCGCGUUUGAUCACCUGUGGCGAAGGCAAGGUCUUUGACGAGUCCAGCCUGACCUGCGAGGACCCCGAGCACGUACCGCACUGCAACCAUUUGUAAGCCGCACACGUGCGCAUAGAUUCAUAGAAGAAUGUGUAUAAAUUCAUCAUGAUUGGAAGCUAUUUUAUUAAAUUUUCUGUUUGUACCAUCUGUAUUUAAACUGUAUAAUAUUAUAUAUAUUUUGUGUAAAAAUUUUGUAACUUUUUGUGUCCAAAACUGUAAAUAACGAAAUUUUAAACUUACGGAAACACUUUGUACCUAAGCAGCAAAUAAGAAUUCAAGUUGAAAAUUA